AUGUCAAAAGUGGAAAAAGUGGAUGAGAAUGUGCUGGGCGCGUCGUUCUAUCUCAAGGGCGAACAGGCCAACAGCACCGUUGAAGUGCCAAUGAAUGAUUCGAACGAGGUGGUGACAAUUGAUCUUGAAGAAGAAUUGCCUGAAGAUCCUACAGAUUUGUGUACUUUGCUAGAGAACGAACAUGCUGCUCCUCAUUAUUGGCUAUUGAUUGCUGCUGUUUAUGCUAAUAAGAGUUUAGUUAAUGAAGCCAUGGAAGUUAUUACAACUGGGUUAAAUCUGUAUCAAAAUUCAGAAUCAGCUCCUUUCCAUACCUUCUUAUCAUGGUUGAAUCUUAGACAAUCUAAAUCAAGUAUAGAAAGUUCAGAAGAUAAUCAAUUUUUGAAAAAAGCUGCUGAUAGUCUUAAGAUUGCAUUACAAUAUCAACCUCAUUAUAUCUUGAAUAGAUUAGCUCGUGCUGAAAUCACAUAUCAACAAGGUCAAUAUGACCAAGCUCUAGAUUAUUUUGAACGUAUCUUAAAAUUAGAUGUCAAAUCAGAUUCAAAUGUUUAUGCCCUUUUGGGUAAGGCUAAAACUUUAUACAAUAAGAAGAAUUAUCAAACAUCAUUGAAAACUUUCCAACAAAUUUUAAUUUUAAAUCCUUUAUUAAAACCAGAUCCAAGAAUUGGUAUAGGUUUGAAUUUCUGGAAUUUAAAAGAUAAAAAGAUGGCUACAAAAGCAUGGGAACGUUCAUUAGAAAUUGAUCCAGAAAAUGAAGUUGCUAAAUUAUUAAUAGUAUUAUCCAAAUUUGAUAGUUCAUUUGACUCUUUAACUGAUGAUGAUUUCAUUUCAACUUAUACAAAAGCAUUAGAAUCUCUACAGACAUUAAUCAAAACAACACCAGAAAAUCCAGUCCUUUUAUUAUUAUUAGCAAGUUAUUAUUAUUCCAAAAAUGAUUUAGAUUCAGUUUUGAAAAUUUGUGAAAAAGUUCUUCAAAAGGGUAAUUUAUCAUCAAAUUUAUCAUCUGAUGCAAAUUUUUGGAUUGCAAGAGUACAUUUUGAACGUGAAGAUUUUAGUAAUUCAACAAAAUUCUUUGCAGAAUCAUUAAAAUUAAAUUCUGAUAAUUUAUUAGCCAAGUUAGGUGUUGGACAAUCACAAAUACAAAGAGGUUCAAUUGAAGAUUCUAUAAUAACAUUUGAAUCAAUUUAUAAUAAUAAUCAAAAAAUCUUGGAAAUUGAUUAUAUAUUGGGUAUUUUGUAUGCUCAAGAUGAAAAAAAUCAUCAAAAGGCUAUUGCAGCAUUAGAAAAAUAUAUUAGAUUAUCUAAAGAUAAAAAUGAACCAAUUGCUCUUAAUACUUAUUUAACUUUAUCAAAAUUAUUUGAAAAUAAAGAUAAUUCAUUAGCUUUAUCACAUUUAUCCAAGGCAUUAGAUGUUCUUAAGAAAAGAGGUGAAACUAUUCCAAUUGAAGUAUUGAAUAAUUUAGGUGUAUUCCAUUUCAUUAAAGGUAAUCCAGAAUCUGCAAAUACAUUUUUCGAAAGUGCUCACCAGGCUAAUACAGAUGAAGAUUUGAAUAUUUCAUUAACUUAUAAUUUAGCAAGAACUCAAGAAAAUUCAGAUAUUCAAUCAUCAAUUGAUAAAUAUAAUGAAAUUUCUGAAAAAUCACCAAGUUAUAUUUAUAGUAAAAUUAGAUUAUUAUUUUUAGAAAUAUUACAAGCUGAUGUUAAAAAUGAUCAAGUAUUAGAGGAAAAAUUAAAUCAAUUAUUAGAAUCUCAUGUUUCUAAUUUAGAAGUUCGUGCAUUUUAUAGUUGGUAUUUGAAAAGAUCAAAUAAGGCAAACACUGGUAAAGGUGAAAAUUUGGAAAGUAAACAUAACAAGGAAACUUUGGUUAAAUAUGAUUCUCAUGAUACUUAUGCUUUGAUUUCUUUAGGUAAUUUAUAUUGUUCAAUUGCAAGAGAAGUUAAAGGUAAAACUCCACAAGAUCUUGAAAAAAAAAAUCAAUCUUAUGUUAGAGGUGCACAAUUAUUUCAAAAAGUUUUAACAAUUGAUCCAAAUAAUGUCUUUGCUGCUCAAGGUAUUGCCAUUAUUUUUGUGGAAAAUAAACAUUCAACAGUUGCUUUAGAAACUUUUAGAAAAAUUAGAGAUGCUAUUGAUGAUGUUUCAGUUUAUAUUAAUUUAGGUCAUUGUUUAAUCGAAGUUGGACAAUUUUCCAAGGCAAUUGAAAGUUAUGAAAUUGCAUUAAGAAGAUAUGGUGAUGAAACUAAAGAUUCAAGAUACUUAACAUUAGUUGGUAGAGCAUGGUUUGCAAGAGCAUCAGCUGAAAAAUCAUUAGAAAGUUAUUUAAAAUCAUUAGAAUAUAGUGAAAAGGCAUUUGAAGUUGCUGAAAAUACUAAAUUAAAGAAAAUUUUACCAUCGUUGAAGUAUAAUAUUGCAUUUGUUCAAUUUAAUAUUGCCCAAUUUAUUCAAAGACAAGAUAUUUCUAAAAGAACCGUGGAAGAUAUUUCUAAAGCACUUGAUGGAUUAAAAAUUGCUAUUGAUACUUUGAAUGAAUUAGCAAAUGAAAAAUAUCCACCAUAUCCAGCAGAUAUAUUGAAACAAAGAGCUAGUAUGGGUUCAAAUACUUUAAUUAAUCAAUUAGAAAGAGCCAUAAAAGAACAAAAAGAUUAUGAAACUAAAUUUGAAGAUAAAUUAAAAGCAGCUCAAGAAGCUAGAGAAAAGGAAAGAUUAAAAGCUGAAUUAGAAGAAGAAAAGAGAAAAGAAGAAGAAGCUGCGAAACAAGAACUAUUAAAAGCUGAAUAUUUAAAACUUCAAGAACAAGCUAAAGAAUGGGAAAGAGAACGUGAAGCUUUCAUUGAACCUGAAGAUGAUGAAGAUACUGGUAAGAAAUCUAAAAAGGGUAAAAAAUCUAAGAAUGCAAUUAAUACAGAUGAUGAAUUAAGUGAUGAAGAUAAACCUGUUAAAAAAUCAAGAAAAUCAAGUGGUAAAAAAUCCAAGAGAAAGAAGGAUGAAAAUGCUAUAAAUGGAGAUGAUGAAGAAGAAUCACCAGAAGCUAAAAAGAGAAAAUUAUCUUCCAAAAAAUAUAAAUCUGCAGAUAUUAUUGAAGAUAGUGAUGAAGAUUUAGAAGAUUUCGAUGAAAGUAAAUUAGGUGAUGAUAAUGAAGAUGAUGAUGCUUUAGAAAAAGCUGAAGCUAAGAUAGAUGCUCAAGGGGAUGAAAAAGAAGGAGAUGAUCAAGAAGAACAAGAAGAUAAGAAAGUGGAAAAUGGAGAAGAAAAACAAGACGAUGAUGAUGACGAGGAUGGAUUAUUUUGA